AGAAAGUAACCAAGUCCUUCAUUUCUCAUCCCUUCAACUUUCCUCUUUCUCUCCCUCUCUCUCUCUGUGUGUGUGUGUGUGUGCAGAGCUUGAACUAGAGCAACACAGAGCACCAGAAAAAUCAGACCCAUCAAUGGAAACCUCACCAAAACACCAAGAUAAUCACAACCCACAAUCUUUUCUUCCCUCUCCUAACAGCCAUAGUAGCAGCAGCAGCAACAGCAGCUCCACCACCACUAAUAAUGGACUCCACAACCAUCAGCCACCACUUCCCUCUCCCAAACCCAUCACCAGAUCCGAAUCCGCUAAUCCUUACCCAACAACCUUCGUCCAAGCUGAUACCUCUUCCUUCAAACAAGUCGUCCAAAUGCUGACCGGAUCCCCUAAACCCACCAACACUGCCACCGCCGCCGCCGUCUCCCAACCAGACCCAUCACCUAAAUCCCACGCCCACAAUAUCCCUCCUAUAAAAUCUAUACCCAAAAAGAAUCAAUCCUCUGGGUUCAAACUCUAUGAACGUAGGAAUUCUCUCAAACACCUCAAGAUCAAUCCUCUCAACCCAAUUUUCAAUCCUCCCAAUUCUGGGUUCUCGCCUCGAAAACCCGAGAUCCUCUCUCCUAGCAUCCUUGACUUUCCGGCCCUCGUUCUCAGCCCUGUCACUCCCUUGAUACCUGACCCGUUUGACCGAUCUGGAGCAGCUAGUUACACUAACUGUUAUAAUCCCAUGAAUAAUCCCCACAGAAACCACAACAAUAACAGUGUGAAUAGUGAUUUAUUAGAUGCCGACGCAGAGGAGAAAGCAAUCAAAGACAAGGGUUUUUACUUGCAUCCGUCGCCGGCAACUACACCAAGAGAAGCGGAGCCUCGGUUGUUGCAUCUAUUUCCGGUCACGUCCCCUAGAGUGUCAGGUUCUUCAAAUCCUUCAUCUUAAGUAAAAAUGCCUCUUAUUAUUUUUUUCUUCGCGUUUUAUGUAAGAAUUUUAUAUAAUAUAUUAUUGGCAUUGAUGAUGAUGAUGGAAAUGUUAAUGGAAGUGAGGAAGAGGAAGAUAUAAUCUUGUAAUGUUGGAUAUUUGCAGAGAAUGAAAUGAUCUUUGCUUCAA